AUGAUGGACGACAUAUCAGCAGCCACGAAAGAGGUCACCGCCCCCUUGGGACCUGUAACAACAAGCUCCCAAGAUGUAUCCUCAAACGACCUCCCCAUCCCCGGCCCCGACACCGUCACACUCACCAAAGCCCCAUCCGGCUGGUUUUGCGCCGACGAUACACGUCUUAGAAACAACCUCUUCGCCGCGGUGGGAUUUCUCGAGCUUGCAAACGCAGGCGACUUUGCAGCCAACGUAUGGAACGACACCCCCGUUCCUGUCUACGCCAUCGUCUUCAUGGUAAUAGGAGGUUGCUCGGCCUUUGUCAUUUCGAUCUGCGCCUUUUUCGACUCGCGCAAAGCUUGGCGUAAUAUCAAAUUUCUUCGCCAACAACGCGCAUCAUUCAGGACGCAGAAGCAAAGUCUGGAUAAUAAUGCUUCGCCACGGGUGCUCGAUGUUCUUAUUGAGGUUACGACGCGAGAACUACGAAUCGAGAUUAUCAAUCGAUAUGUUAUGGACCUUUUGAUGGGUGGAGGUGCUAUGUUGAUUAGUAUCGGUACAUUUAUGGCUAUCGGCGGUGCGAACCCUCGUGUCUGGCUCGCAAGUAACAUUUUAUCCGGAUAUCUCGGUAACGCCCCCAUCGCACUAUACGGACUUCUCAGCUCCAUCUGGGCGGCGAUGGUGGUAGGCAAGAUGCGAGCUCACGUCGCAGUGGCUCGAAAAGAGCUGCAGGGUUCCUCGGUGCUGCCUAUGCUCAAGCGAAGGUGCUUCAACGUCCAGCUGUUCUUUAUCAUAAACGGAACUGCAAACGUCCUUGGUGGAGUUGGCUCCAUGUUGACUGCUGAGAGGUGGUGGGCAUAUGUGAUUCUUAUUCCCGUCAUUAUCUCCUCCAUCUUUUGCAACAUCUGGUGGCGUCACAGAGUUGGAUACAAUCGACCCUACAUAUCAAACAUGUCGCGCAUGAAUCUUGACAUGAUCACGGAAACACUUGAGGCGACAUCUCAACUUCGACAAACUAUCCACGAUAGUACUGCAACUAAUAUGGAGCAGUUGUUCAGCGGCAUGGCUAGUCUGCGCGAUGUCCUCGAAUUAUUUGUCAAGUACGACUUAUUUGAGCAAUUCUGCCUCCGAAUGGUCACCAAUAAGCGAGUUAGACAUCUUGUACUCAAAGCGCAGGACGCUCAAGUACAGAUUAGCGUUGCUAGCAUCCUAGAGGUUCGAGAGGAACACCAUCCUAACAUCUUGGCUGCUGCUUUGGUAUUUCUGAAGAAGCAGGGACCAAGACAUAUGCUCCACAGGGAGAGAUUCCUGAUUGAAAUUUUGGGGACAUACCUGAACCAGGAGAAGGAGAGCCAGGCAGUGGAAGUUGAGAAGUAA